AUGCCCACCGCGGCAGCGAUGGCGGGCCAGAAGCAGCCCGCCCUCCCCUUGUUCCUGCGGCCGCUGCUCCUCCACGGCGUCGGCGCCGGAGCCCACCUCCUGCUUGCGCUCUCCGUCGCGGCCCGGCUCCUCUUCGCCUCCGGACGCCGCGGCAAGGACACGGCCGCCCCGGGCAUCCGGUUCCGGUGGGGCCAGGUCGCGGUGCGCGCCACGUGGGCGCUGGCGGCGUCCGAGCUCUUCCUCGCCGCCUACUCGCUCGUCUCGUGGUACCUCGAUAACAGCGGCGGCGACGGCGGGGCCAAGGUCGCGGACCAGGCGGACGCCGCGGCGCGCGCGGUGGCGUGGCUGCUGCUCGCGGCGUACCUGCAGCUCGAGUACCGCGGCCGCGGGGAGGAGCGGUUCCCCGCGCCGCUCAGGCUCUGGUGGGGGCUCUUCCUUCUCCUCUCCGUCCUCGCCGUCGCCGUCCACGCCGCGACCAGCCUCUGCUACAGGCUUCCCGUGCCCGCGCUUCCGUGGGCGCGCGACGCCGUUGAGGUCAUCGCGGCCGUGGCGCUACUCGUCGCCGGGUCCUCGGCCAGGAGGGCGGCGACGACGGCCGGCUCUGCUUCCGAGGAACCUCUGCUCAACGGCGCGAGGGACGACACCGUCGAUGCUUCCCUCUUCACGAGCGCCGGCUUCCUCAGCGUCCUCACCUUCUCCUGGAUGAGCCCCCUGAUCGCAGUCGGCCACAGGAAGACCCUCGGCCUCGACGACGUCCCGGACCUCGAUCACGGCGACAGCGUGGCCGGCCUGCUCCCCUCGUUCAAGACGAACCUGGAGGCGCUCGCCGGCGACGGCUCUGGCCCGAAGUUCACCGCGUUCAAGCUCACCAGGGCCCUUGUGCGCACCGUGUGGUGGCACAUCGCGGUGACCGCGCUCUACGCGCUCAUCUACAACCUGGCCACCUACGUUGGCCCAUACCUCAUAGACUCCCUCGUGCAGUACCUCAACGGCGACGAGAGGUACGCCGGCAAGGGGAAGCUCCUUGUUGUCACAUUCAUCGUAGCCAAGGUGUUUGAGUGUUUGUCACAACGGCACUGGUUCUUCCGGCUACAGCAAGCCGGGAUACGUGCUCGGUCCGCGCUUGUCUCCGUCGUGUACCAGAAAGGGCUCUCUCUGUCCAGCAGCUCGAGACAGAGCUGCACGAGCGGGGAGAUGAUCAACAUCAUCAGCGUCGACGCCGACCGAGUCGGGCUCUUCUCAUGGUACAUGCACGAUCCCUGGCUGGUACCUCUCCAAGUAGGCCUGGCAUUGUUCAUCUUGUACUCCACCCUCGGGGUAGCCUCGCUUGCAGCGCUCGGUGCCACAAUUGCGGUCAUGCUUGCAAAUGUGCCUCCGAUGAAAAUGCAGGAGAAGUUCCAGCAGAAGCUGAUGGACUGCAAGGAUGUGAGGAUGAAGGCGACGUCUGAGAUCCUGCGCAACAUGAGGAUUCUUAAACUGCAGGGGUGGGAAAUGAAGUUUUUGUCCAAGAUCAGUGACCUCAGGACCACAGAGACAAGCUGGCUCAAGAAGUACCUUUACACAUGGACCGCGGCCACCUUCGUGUUCUGGGGUGCCCCGACCUUUGUCGCUGUGGCAACCUUUGGAGCUUGCAUGCUCCUAGGGAUACCAUUGGAGUCAGGGAAGGUGCUGUCUGCAUUGGCCACGUUCCGGGUGCUUCAAGAACCAAUAUACAACCUUCCUGACACAAUCUCAAUGAUGAUUCAGACCAAGGUGUCUCUUGACAGGAUAGCAUCUUUCCUAUGCCUUGAGGAGUUUCGACGGAUGCUGUGGAGAGGCUAUCAAGUGGUAGCUCCAAUGUUGCAAUUGAGGUCAGCAAUGGGUGCUUCUCCUGGGACGGCUCACCUGAGCUGCCAACACUGA